AUGGGUUGGGUGUACAACAGUCCUCCUGAGGUGGAAGCUGCAUCGCAGUACCCUGUCAUCCUUGGAGUAUGUCUGAGCCUUACCGUCUUGAUGGUUAUCACGGUCUGCCUGCGACUGUUUGUUAGGGCUCAAGUUGGACGGUUAGCGGCAGCAGACUACGUGAUGGUUAUGAGUAUGAUUUUCGCCAUUAUUUACAGCGCACUAUGCAUUUCUCAAAGUCGAUACGGGCUUGGGUUGCCUAUCAACCUCCGACCCGAUGCCGACUAUAACACAUAUUCCAAGAUUAAUUAUGCCGGACGUCCUUUUUACCAAAUCGGAAUUGGAGGCUUCAAGGCAUCGCUGUGUCUUAGUUACCAUCGAUUGAUCUCGGGGACUUCAAAACGCGUUUAUCGAAAUAUCAUUUGGGUUGUGAUCGCGAUCUCGAGCGCAGGCCAUGUCGCCGGCGCAUUGGUUUUGAUCUUCAAUUGUACACCGGUUCGACGAGGAUGGAAUAUGCACGUUCCUGGAACCUGUCUUCCCGUCGGAGAAACAUUUUAUGGCCUCGCUAUAUUCACUAUAAUUUGUGAUGUCGUGAUUAUAGUGCUACCGAUUCCACUACUACUCAAUUUGAACAUCAAACCAGCCCAGAAAGCAGGUGUGGUGUGUUUGUUUCUGCUAGGCCUUUUUACCACAAUAUGUUCGAUCCUUCGACUCACCCAGAUCCAACGCGUGGCAUUUGGGGACGGGAAUUCCACCAUGCUUGUGUUAUGGGGGACUAUUGAGUUCAAUGUGGGAAACAUUGUUACCUGUGCUCCCUACUUGGCACCCUUACUUAAGGGUUGGGUCCGAGGUCUGAACUCGAGCAGUGGGAAGACCAAAAAAUAUUACAUUGACAGCCAGGGCAGAAGCUAUGCCUUGGAAAAUUGGACAAAAGAUCAACGAUCGCAUUUACAGUCAACAGCUUCAGGUCCAGUGCAGCCGAGACGAACGCCGAGUGAAGAGCUCAUUCUGGCCAGUCAAGAGCCAGAUCACGGAGGCAUCGAGAUGACGGUGGAGUAUAGCGUGUCUCUAGAAGGCAGGUCGACCAAGCAGAAUACCUAA